AUGCUCCGUGAUCCCCUGGUGUCGCAGCAGAUAUGGCAGGUCACCCAGACCUCCCUCGAAGCCACCAACCACAACGAGGUGACUAACAUCGAUGCCGCCCUCCUCCACAACUGGCAGCAGAACUCAAGAACGAGAAAGCACCAAGCUCAGAAUGCAGAACGAGCCCCACACCCGGCUGUUGCAGAUACUGCCCUUCUCAUUCGUCAACUUUGGGCUCUCCGCGAGCUCAUCCAUGUUGAGUCUAGACCUGUUGCACAGCCUCAGCACCAGGAGGCCCCCGGCCUUGCACAACUCUGGACAGGCUGGAGGCGCAUUUGUGCCCUCCAACAACUUCAACGGGAACUCCGACGCCGAGGCAGACACAAAAAGAUUCAUAUGGUGGAACAGGCAGUCAAAGCUGACAAUGUCUACCAGGCUGCCAAGCAGUUCGCUCCCAAGACGGCCAGACGCAGGCUUCAACUCAGAACUGAGCAGGGACAUCUACAAACUGCUGCUGAAGAGUUCAGGACAAUCAAGCACUACUACGAGACCCUCUACGCAGGCCCGGCCCCAUCUCAGGACGUUCUUGGAGCCACUCUUGAUUUUCAACUGGAGGAAGUUCUCUUUGCCAUCAAAAACCUCGCCCCGGGGAAGGCUAUGCCAUCAUACUCUGCGCCAGCAGCCCUGUGGAAUCAACUACAUAUUGAGCUUGCCCCGCAGGUUCUCUACCAGCUGAACUAUGUCUUCAAGCCAGGCCCCCUCACCCUACCAGCGGAGUGGUGCAUCAGUGAACUCGUACUUCUACCGAAGCCUGGAAAGGCUUUGACUUCGCCAUCGCAUCUCCGUCCCAUCGCCCUCCUUCCGCCCAUCGCAAAGGUCCCCGCCUCAGUGCUGGCAAUGCGCAUUCAGCACUUUCCGGCUGCAUACCUGGCAAAUACGCCUCAGUUCGCCUAUCUCCGCGGACGAUCUCUCCAGCAGGCUCUCGAGCGUGUGAUCUCACAUUGUGCUGCGGCCCGAGCCUUGAUUGCCCAACAGGCGGUCAAUCCACACACCCGCAGGUCGGGUCGGGAAGUCUUACAGAUUGCUGGAGGGCUCCAGCUCUCGUUGGAUGUCUCCCAGGCAUAUGAUGGCGUGAGCAGAAGUGACCUCCGUGCUGCACUCGAAGAGGCACAGAUUCCGGAGGCAUUGAUCACCUCCAUCCUUGCCAUUCAUAACCAGGCGAUCUUGCGCAUCUCCCAUGACCAGUACACUGACGAUAUUCGGCUGCUUACAGGACUGAGGCAGGGCUGCAGCUUGUCACCAAUACUUUGGUCCAUCUAUACAGGAUGGCUGCUUCGCCGCCUUGAUGCAACUGGACUUGUCCCUGUCUCCCAGGCAGGAACGGUGUUUGCUGAUGAUGCCCAUUUCUCUUGGCUCAUCAAAUCCGGCAGUCAGCUCGAGGCCGCGUACUCGGGAGUUCGCGCCGUCCUCAACCACCUCCACACCUACAAUUUGAAGGUGAGCCUGGACAAAACCGUGAUCCUCGUUGAACUGCGUGGUGCCAAGGCAGCAAACCUCCUGAAGAAGUACGUGGUCCACAAGGAGACCGGACCCCACAUGAGAUUCAAAGUCAUGGGGCAGCUCAUGGACAUCAAGAUUGUCUCCAAACAUGUGUACUUAGGAGUCUGCAUCUCGUAUCCCCACUCAGGCUCAACUCCAAUGGCGACACAUCCUGAGAGCGCACCUGCAAGCCGUUACCUUUUGCCCCGACUCAUGACGGCGCAGGGUCUUCGAGGGCAGCUUGCGGAGGCGACUGAGGAGCUCCAGCUCAUAGAGUCCCUAGUUCCGGACGGCAGCAAGGGCUUUCGGAAAUCGGCCCAGACGAGGCGAAUGGACCUCGACGACCCCCUGGCGGAGAUGGAGACUCCAGAGGAGGACAAGGACAAGGAUCACCCGGCGAAAUGGCGACGCCCGGACAACAAAGGGCAGGGAGGCCGAGGAAAAGGCUACAACAACAGCCAGCAGGCCGAGACCUACGAGCCCUAUUGGGACGAAGGCUGGGGCCCACAGUGGGGCCACUCGAGGCAGGAGUCGAGCAGAGCCGAUGCCCAACUCAAGGAACUCCAGGGCCUCCGACACCGGGUCGACCUCCUGACCAGCCUUGUCUUGAGGCACGACAAUGCUCUGAACAUAGUAGCCCAGGACCAGACAUACAUGAUCUUCGUCCGCACGGACAUCCCAGGCAACCUUGCAUCGAUCCUCUACGAGGCAGGGAAGGCAUGGAACGAGGUCAAGGCCUCCAAUCCGGAAAAGCUCGAUGCCCCCAUGCGAGUGAUUCUCUUUCAAAAGCUCCUGGUCACAGUCAUGGCUCGCCUGGACAGCAUCCUGAGCUCGGAGGACAAGUUGAAGCAGGCCAAGAACCUGCAGUGGAUCACGGAGGAUGUAGUAUCACUCAAUGCGAUGAGGUGGGACCCAGAGCGCAACAGGCAUGUGGUGAACAAGGAGCUACCCACGGUGGAAAUCGAGAAGGCCAAGAGCACACUCGAGGAGAUGAUCAUCCUGGGACGGCACCCUCGUUCGAUCAACAGGUUUCAUGCCACGAGGACCAUGACGAAGACAUACACUUCACCCACCCUGACGUUCAAGCUGGACCUAGGACUCCGCACCACCGAGGCGGGCCAGAUGUGGGCAUACAUGAACCAGCUGGCUCACUCAGCCUUGUGGGUAACCGCGGGAGCCUAUGCCAGGCACACUCGCCUGCAACGAGAUCCACUGGCACAGAAGGUGGCCCAAACGCAGAAGCAGCCCCAACGCCGAGGUGGCAAGCACAGAAGGUACUGA